AUGGCACAACCGUUAAAACCGAAAACGAUCGCCAUGUUCGACGUGGACGGGACGUUAACCGUCCCUCGCAAAACGGCGAAUAAAGAAACUUUGGAUUUCAUCAGAUCUUUACGAAAAACGUGCGCGGUCGCCAUCGUCGGCGGCUCGGAUUACGGGAAGAUUUGCGAACAGUUAGGCCCGGAUUUCGAGAAAGAGGUGGAUUAUUUAUUCUCGGAAAACGGUCUGGUGGCGUAUAAAGACGGGGAGAUGAUUGCCAAGCAAUCGUUCUUGAAGUUUUUAGGCGAGGAGAAGUUGCAGACGUUUCUCAACUUUGUGUUGAAGUACAUCGCGGAUUUAGAGAUUCCGCAAAAGAGAGGGACAUUUAUUGAGUUUAGAAACGGGAUGUUGAACGUUUCGCCGAUUGGACGCAACUGCUCGCAAGAAGAGAGAGAUAACUUUGAAAAGUUUGACGAGACGGCGAACGUGAGGAAGACGAUGGUGGAGACGUUGAGGAAGGAAUUCGCGGAUUACGGGUUGACGUAUUCCAUCGGCGGGCAGAUUUCAUUCGACGUCUUUCCGAACGGGUGGGAUAAAACGUACUCGUUGCAAUUCGUCGAGAAGGAUGGGUUCGAGGAGAUUCAUUUCUUUGGUGAUAAGACGUACAAAGGUGGGAAUGAUUACGAGAUUUUCGAGAGCGCGAAGACAAUCGGACACACGGUGACGAGCCCGGAAGACACGGUGAAGCAAGUCACGGAAUCGAUCAUUAACGCUUAA